AUGUUGCUCCCUCCUUCAAUACACGCAGAGGAGGACAAGAUGGACGCUGUCAUGACCCUCAUGAACCCGGCCUAUCGCCUCAAAUACCACCGCCAGACCUACGGCGACGACACGUACCAAGUCAUGCUGCGUGUGGCGUUNCACUGCUGUCAUUUCCCUCUUCUGUCGUUGUCCAUGUUGCUCCCUCCUUCAAUACACGCAGAGGAGGACAAGAUGGACGCUGUCAUGACCCUCAUGAACCCGGCCUAUCACCUCAACUACCACAGCCAGAACUACGGCGACGACGCGUACCAGGUCAUGCUGCCUGUGGCGUCCACGCUGGAGGAAGUUGACACCCUGCUACCUCCUCUCCCCGUGGAUGGUCAGGCCGGCGCUCCCAAGAAACUCGGGCCGAAAAAGUUCAAGAGGAUCGCGGGGCGCGGGGACAAGUUCGCUUCGUCGUCGUUCAACACGCGAGUUUCUGAACUCGGCCCGGCCGCAUCCGGAACCACGGCGGCUCCCUCUCUGUCGCAGGGGGGUGCCACAGCGACUCCCUCUUCGUCAUAG